GGCUCUAGCUCUUCACAAAACCUUCCUCUGAGAUUCUGAAGGCAACAAUUUGAAAACCAAAGUUCAUCAUGGCAAUGCUGAAAAGUUGUCUGCUUCUUUUCAUUAUCUUCUCCAUGGGGAAUACAGAAGUGAAUGUUACAAGAAAUGUUAAUAGACUGGAUGCAGUUGUUUUAGACAGAAGAUGCCCCGCUACAUGGAUAAAACUUGGACUCCGAUGCUUCAAGUACUUUUCUCAUCCGACUAACUGGAUCACAGCAGAGAGAAACUGUCACAGUCAUGGUGCGAAUCUCGCAUCUGUGCGUAAUAAACUGGAACAUGUAUUCAUGCUGAGUCUGUUGCCUUCUCCUUCCACACGUACUUGGAUUGGUGCUCAUGAUGCUGUAGAAGAUGGACAUUGGUUGUGGAGUGAUGGAUCUGUGUUUUUGUAUUCCCACUGGUGCUCUGGAGAACCUAACAAUUACAAGCGUGCCGAGAACUGUUUGGAGAUCAACUAUUCCUCUAACCGUUGCUGGAACGAUGAGCACUGUUCAACCUCAAUGUCCUAUAUCUGUGCUAAGGACCUGUGAGACCGUCAUCCUGCUCC